AUGUACGAUUUUGUUAAAUUCGAGACGCGCGUGAACUUGGAUGAUUUCGUAAUCUACAGAGCACGAGCAUGCAUGUACGUAUGUAUAAACGUACGUACGUAGGCGUAGGUAGGUAGUAGAUGUACUAUUGUAGUAGUAGUAGCUGCUGUAAGUGCAACGUAGUAUGUAUGUGUAUGUACGGACGAAGUGGUACGAGCUGGUACAUGCCAUUUGACGGUGUGUAACUGUUAACGUUAACCUGUGGCGCCUGGAAAGUUGACGAUUCCGGCCAUCUGCUAUACUUACGUCGGUCGGUCGGUCGGUCGGUCGUCCGUCCAUCGUUCGUCAAUCGUCAAUUGUCAUCGUUCUCGUUCAACCGUUCGUUCUCUGCCUAGUCCGUUCGUCCGUUCGGUGCGUUCGGUCCGCCGCCGCUGCUCUUCGGUCGUUCCUCAGCUCAGAUUCGCGUCAAUCGCGUCGUUCGGUCGAGUCGCGUUGCGAGCGUUGCAGUUGCAACAGUAAGUGGCAAGUGGCAAUAAGUGACAGCAGUUUCUGCUGCGAGGUAAUGGGUACUACGGGUCAUGUUUCGAUUUUGUACGCGUUCGCGCGAAGUUGACCGCGUAUCGUCUACAAAGGUUCCGUUUCCUUUUCUCGUUUCGUCCUCUCCAACGUUUCGUUCGAUGUUCUUCGCCGGAUUCACUGAUGGCUGGAGAGGAGUUGCAUAGACAGAGAUUCACGGAUCGUCCGUCCGCCGCGCGCAAAUCGUAACUUCCAGUGCGAUCGGGACCGUUUCUGUAUUUGCGUACGUCAGAAAGCACCACGAUGUUUUAUUGCGAUAUCGAGAUUCGCCAACGAUGGAAGAAAGAAAUCUCGCAAAAUCUUGUAACACCUUGGCGAGGCUAAAUGAGAAUGAGCGAGACAAAUCGUUCGAAAAUGAAAAUUGCAUCGAGCCCUUGGCCAUCGCCGCCGCCGCCGCGACUGUUCACGAGCAGAACGCUGAGAUAACGAACGAGAAAGUAUCGCUGACCGAGAACGAUCGCUGCCAUGAGUCCACCAAAACGUUGCUGUACGCGAAAGAUUCUCAAGUCUCUCCAGCAGGCAAGGAGUCGCCUUCGCCGACCGUUUUACAAUGGGGUAAAGCUAUAGCCGAGGUAAAGGAGCAUGCGGUAUCGAAGCUGCAGGACGAACUCGAGAGAGCGCGCGAGGAGUUGAGGCUAAAAGAUGAGGAAGUCGCGAGGCUCUCGAGAAUCAAACGAGACGUCGAAAUCGAAUUGGAAGAACUCACUGCCAGCCUCUUUCAAGAGGCGCAUAACAUGGUACGGGAAGCUAACGUACGUCAAGCUACGGCGGAGCGCCUAUUGGAGGAAAGUCGUAUGAAAGCCGAAGUUUUAGCUGCCGAGGUAGCAGCUCUGAAAACGUUAGUGUUGACUUCGACGCCUGCCAAACCCAAUUUUCAUUUGCACCCACAAAUCGAUACGCGGAGUCGCCCGACGACGACCAACAACGACGACGCUACUCAUCAGCAGAGUCUUUUUGCUAGGAAACAUCGAAGGUCGCCGUCGCAUUUCAAUUUGAAGUACGGUCGAGAGAGUUCUCCGCCGGAUUCUCCGCUGAAGGAACAAAGGCCUUCUCUGCCGUCUGAUCGAGAAACGCUGGAGAGAGAUUGGAGGAAAUCGGAUCCGUCCGAGAAGGAAAAGGAUAAAGAGUGCAAAGAUUUCGGCCUCGAGGUCGAUCCCAGAGUGCAUACGGAAUUUCUAAAAUGGAAGUCGAAUCCGUGCGUGGACGAAGGCGAUCCUUUUGUUGCCAGAAUCUUCAAAGAAGACAUUGACCUUUGCCUCGAUUUCCCUAACGAAGAAUUGGGUACAAAAGUUAGACAAGCCGUUCUCGAUGGUAUCAUCUUCAUCGAAGCGAUCAGCGACAAAACUAAAUUCACUUUUCCAAAGAAAUGCGUACUGCUCGAAGCACCUCGGCAAUGUUACUAUCGAAUGAGACUCGGAGAUCAAGAGAAUCAGUGGCACAGCAUAUCGCAAAUCUGUCGCAAUCGGAUAAUAGCGGUCUGCGAUUUUUUGAAUUACCUGCGUUACAUCGAACGUGGCCUUGUGAAGAGCUCGGUUCACGAUGUUUACUGGGAGAUUACACGGUUGCGAAAGGAAAUGGCGUUUGCUCGUUUGGGCCUGGCGCUGUCCUCUUAAAUCUCGUUGUUCGCAAAAAUUCUCCACCACUUCCAAUAGGCUGAAAGGUUUAGUAACGAAUCUAUCCGUUGUCAUUCGUUUAUCAGGAGUCAUUACCGAUCACGGAGGCGACUGGCUGGCAAAUAUUUCAAUCGUCGUCGUUUGACCAGCCUCACUAGCAGCUAUCUUCUUUCCAACUUGGAUUCGGACCAGGAUCCAGCGGACAGUUCCGUUAUUUCGACUCGACUCGGGUCGCAUCGCAUUCGACCAGCGUCGUCGAAUGCUUCCUAGCAGCUAGUCAGCACGAAUCGCUUCGACGACGAUCGAACAAUGAUAACAAACGAAAUUAUCAUUUCUAAAUAAUUUAAUCUUAUUUUAUUUUUCAAUUUUUAUUUAUUGCCGCGUCUCUCUUCAACGAUCUGAUCUGACCAAACUUUUUGUUUCGUUGUGUUCAACGUCGACGAACGUGUAUGUGUAAACGCGCGCGUGAGCUUGUGUCUCGAUGUUUCCGAGUGCGCGAGGAUCCGGUGAGGUGCUUCGAAGCUGUCACGAGGAACACGGUGGUGGUGCCUUUCGACUUUCAAUCGUCGAUUAUGCUUGAUUAAAGCUUUUAGUUUCAAGUUUACGUAUAGUAGUGUGGCGAAUUGAUCGCGCGCGUCACGGAGAAAAGAUCAAGCUUUUAUCUCUGAAUUUCGAUCUAUCGAACAUCAUUCGACACGUCAUCGUCGACACUUUCUACAGUGUGUCGUACGAUCACGGCGACGCGACAUGGAACGCGGACAAUCGUGCGUUUGCUCAUUCGAGAGCGUUAAGCAUAGUAAAUUGUGUAAUCCUUUAGACCAGUGAUGGCGAACCUUUUCGAGAAGCGGGUAAAAUUUUGUUCAUUAUUUUUUCUGUCUGUUCUCUCUUUCAUGAUAUAAAAAGUAAGUUCAGACAAAGAUCAACGCGUGGGUCAUUUAAAAGGUCUGCGUGGGUGUCCAGUGUCUGAGCCGCGGGUCAUAGAUUUGCCGUCACUGCUUUAGACAGGCCGCCAGAGACCAGUACCAAGCUGAACGUAUUUGCCAGUCGUUCCUCCAUGUACAUACAUACAUACUACUAAUACUAGUUUUAAGCGUUUUUAUUUUUAUUUUUAUUCACAUACGUACGUAUUGUAUACGUAGUUCAUAUACGUUUGCACCUGUACCUUUCGACACGGUGGCGCGCGGCGAGAUUCAUACCUAUUUCUCUACGAUCGCACACGUGUGACAGCAGAGCAACUGAACUUUUUAACGUUACGCGCUGUGUUUAAAGGUCUGAGAGGAAGAGGGUCGCGGACUCACUUCGUAAGAGUGAAAAGUCAAAAGUAUGAUUGCCCGCAGUGUAGAGAUGUGUAGAUCGGUCGCCGCGUCGUAAAAUACCCAAGUACUAUGUAAGUACCUAAGUAUACGAGACGUGAAACGAUUUGAAUCGUCAUGGUUUUAAUGUCAAUUUCUCAUACAAACGAACGCGAUGUCGUGUGUGAAGCGAACACGAUGGGAAUUGACAUUUUUACAUCCAGUCACAAUGCGCGUACGAUGUAGGAUCUUGUGCAAUAAUACGCAAGCAGAGAUUAGAAAAAAGAUUUUCAGUCUUACGCGCCGAAGACGUACGUGUCGUUCUUCGACAAAUAUAAAACGUUCUACACGUAUGCCUUUUUGUUCCGAACGUUAGCCAAACUGUGGUACCUGGAACGUUGCAUAUGUAGCACGUAUAAAUUAAAAGAAGAUGUAUACCACGUGGUGACGGCGGCGUCGGGUCAACGCGUGUUACCCGUGUGCACAGACGUAUACUUAUUUACAUCUAAUUGUAAGUAUGAUUCAUCAUUAAGAAUACGUAUACUGUGUUUCCUGAAUGUUGAAUAUCGACGAUCUGGUGCUCUACGGUAGAAUACGAUUUCCGGGAAAACAAAAGUAUCCUUCUGCAUAUAAAACACUUCCAACUGUAAAUCUCUUUUUAUUAAACUAAUUUUUUAUAGUG